AUAUCACAUGACUGAACAAGUCAGAGCUUUGUCGUACUGUACUUAACAGAAUUCAAUUAAUUUGUGAUUAUGAGUGUAUGUGUGUGUUUGUGUGUGUGUCUAUUUAGGAGGAAACCAAGCAUGAAAAUGCGUGAGUGUAGUACCAUCAGAAUGCACUUCCCUGGUCUAGUGGGCGUUGCAUCACUUGACAGAUAUAUAGUACGGAGAUUUCACAGCUACUGUUCAAGACAGAGAGAGUUAGCAGACAGCUCUUAAAGAAAGACAAAUUCCUGCCUUGAGCAACCUACAGGACAGUCUCUCACAUAACUACAUGCAUGGCGGGCAGCAGUUUUGAGGCCGAGUUCCUACAGGUGCACAAUGCCUACCGCAAACAGCAUGGAGCUCCACCCCUCACCAUUAACAAAAACCUGUGCCGCUCUGCACAGCAGUGGGCGGAGCAUCUGCUUUCAACCAAAACACUCAAACACAGCAACAAGGACUACGGAGAAAAUCUGUAUUAUGCUUGGAGUUCAGCGAACAAAAAACUCACAGGACAUGAGGCAGUGGACGGCUGGUACAGUGAAAUUAAAGACUACAACUUCAGUAGGCCUGGAUUCAGCUCCAAAACAGGUCACUUCACACAGGUGGUGUGGAAGGACACAAAAGAGUUGGGAGUUGGACUGGCCACUGAUGGGAACGCAAUUUUUGUCGUGGGUCAGUACCUUCCCGCUGGAAAUAUCUCAAAUGCAGGUUAUUUUGAAAAAAAUGUCCUGCCGACAGGCUCUAAACUAGAUCAUAAGCCCACUGGUACAACUCACAAAGUGGAACAAGCUCAUGGUUCAUCAGGCAUUCAUUCAAACAAAGUGCCCUCAGUGCCUCAAAUUGCUGAAAAACCACCACCAGGGGGCAAAGGAGAGCCUCAUGUGCAAAACAGCUUAAAAGCAGACAACAGUUUUGAGGCAGAGUUCUUGCAGACCCACAAUGCAUAUCGGAAACAUCAUGGAGCUCCACCCCUCACCAUAAACAUAAACCUGAGCCGCUCCGCACAAAAGUGGGCGGAGCAUCUGCUGUCAAUCAGGACUCUCAUGCAGAGCAACGGAGACCAUGGAGAAAAUGUGUAUUACGCUUAUAACUCCGCUAACAAAAAGCUCACAGGACGUGAGGCAGUGGAAAGCUGGUACAAUGAAAUUAAAGAGUACAACUUCAGCAGGCCUGGAUUCACCUCUAAAACCGGUCACUUCACACAGGUGGUGUGGAAGGAUUCAAAAGAGUUGGGAGUUGGACUGGCCACUGAUGGAAACACAAGUUUUGUGGUGGGACAGUACCUUCCAGGAGGAAACAUCACAAAUGCAGGUUAUUUUGAGAGAAAUGUCCUACCGGGGGGCUCCAAAGUAGAACUCAAAGCCACCCCACCUGUGGACAAAGUUGGACAAGCUCUUGGUGCUCUUAGCAUUACGUCCAACCUGUUACCUUCGUCAUCUCACAGUUUUGGACCAGCACCACUGAAGACUCGUUCUCCACAGAGCAGCAGCUCAGAGAGCAAGCACUCAAGUGAGAGCUUGUCCCAGUUUCGUCAGUCUCUCCUUGAAGCUGUAAAUGAUUACAGACGACAGCAUGGGGCAAAGCCUCUCUCUCUGUGCCCUGUCCUCAGUAAAGAGGCUCAGGAUUGGGCAGCACAUCUGGUCAGCAUUGGUGCCCUACAGAACAGCAGAAAAGGUUACGGAGAGACUUUGUCUUACAAAUGGACUUCCAGUGUGGUUCCUCCAACAGGAAAAGAGGUUGCUGAAAACUGGUACAAGGAUAAUGUGAAGUACAACUUUGCCAUUCCUGGAUUUCAGAAAGAAACUGGAAACUUUACCCAGAUGAUCUGGAGGUCUUCGGAGCAGGUUGGUGUUGGCCUGGGAUCAGAUGGAAAGGGCAUGUUCAUUACUGUGGCCUUUUACAAACCUUCUGGAAACAUAACCAACCCUGGCUUCUUCCAGGAUAAUGUCAGACCUUCUGGAAGGUGACCUGCUGAAUAAGAAAAAUUAAGAAAAUCUUGCAUCUUGCUUUACUGCCUUGUGUAUACAUUUUUUAAAGGCAUUUAUCUCAGGUUUAGUGUUUGCAUAGUUACAGCACUUUGCAUUUGUAGGGCAGAAUACAUGGGAAUAUAUUCAUAAGUUAACAGUAUGUUUGUCAUCCUUAUACAUAUCAUAUACAUAAACAUCAGUUCACAAAUGUCACCUGCACCAUUGAAUAUAUACAGUAUAUGCUUCUUUAAAGGUUCUGGUGCAUUUAUAUGCAUAUUAUUUGCUAAGGGGGUAUUCUUUCCUUUACCGUAAUAAGCAAUCACGUACACCUGCUAUUGAUUUGCACACUGUAAAACCCAACAGUCAACUUUAUCAAAUGAAAUGAGUGUAGUUAACUCAAAAUUUUUAGUUAACUGAAAGUUAAUUCUACUCAUUUGAACAGAGUUUUGAACUCAAUGUUGAAGGUAAUGAGUUAAUUAAAUACCGCAUUACUUAAAUGGAGUAAGUUCACAGUACUCAUAUAGAUUAGUUUUUUCAACUCAAAUGGUUUGUAGCUAUCGGUUUCCUCAAACAGUUUGAGUUGCCUUAACUUACUGGGUUUUACAGCACUCAGUUGGUUUGAGUUCUCUUCAUUUAUUGGGGUUUACUGUGCUCAAAAUUUCUUCGUUUUCUCAAAUGGAUUAAGUUCAUAGUACAUAUUUAGAAUAGUUUUUGAACUAAAAGGGUUUGUAGCAAUCGGUUUCCUCAAAUGGUUUGGGUUACCUUAACUUAUUGGGUUUUACAGUGCAUGAUAUUGGAAAUGUUUUAAUGAGAAGUGACUCAAAAUGUAUAGAAAGAUGAGGUGAUAAAUCAUAAUAAAACAUUAAAAUAUAUUGAUUACAUGUAUUACAAUGUGCUGCUUUAAUAAAAACAAUUUAGAAUUCAGUGAUAAUUUUAAAAGUAAUUUUUGCAAUUUAACAUAAUACACUGAAACUUUUCACCAAACAGUGCUAAUAGAGAUUAAACGCAAAAGGGAAGAUAAAUUAUAUUUUAAAGCAUCCGUGUUACUGUACAACAAACCUGAAAAUAGGAAUUAGGGGAGAAAAAUAAGAUUCUCCAAGCAUUUCACAAAAUUUUCAUGGAAUAUAUUGUAAAUUUAAUAAAUAAAGCAGAAUGAAAGUGAAGAAUGGAUAAAUGCACAGUAUAUGUAGUCUUUUUUAGAAUGGAGGAAUUCAAAAAAGUCUGAGAAAUAAUGCUACUGAAAGUUAUUUGACCACUUUCCUAUACACACAGAAAGAGAGAGAGAAACUUGUACUUUGAUUUCCCAUAUAAUGAUUUUUAUACUGUAAAGACUCUAUAUUCUGUCUCCCUACCCAAACCCUCACAUAAAAUUGUGCAGUUUUAUUUUA